AUGCCGACCCCGACGACGAACCAGUCCGGGCUCAUCUUCGGUUUCCUGGUCGCCUUCCUCGGCCUCUUCGCCGUCGGCGUCUCCGCCGGCGUCGUCUGGCCCGCCAUCCGCCGCGUGCUCGCCACCUGGGGGCUCGUCCCGCCCGACCCGCGCGGCGUCGGCGGCGGCGCUUCCCCCGUCCCGGCCUCUGAGUCCUGCUGCGUCGGACGCGCCAGAGCGGCGGCCGGCGCUGCUGAGGCGGCCGUCCUCAUGGCUCUGGCGACGCUGGAGGACGACAAGAGCCGCAACCCGCCGAGUGCGGCGGACGACGCGGACGUGCUCGACGAGCGCGCGGGCCGCGUCGCGGUCAUCGUGCUCAUGCCGACCCCACGACCUUUUUCUUUUCAUCUUCCUCCUCCUCCUCCUUUCCCCUCUUCCCCGGGCGACGAGGGGCGGCCGCUGCAUGACUUUGCGCUGGGCGUCGUGGACGUCCGGUGCGCGCGAGACGCGCGGUGA